UGACUAUUCCGCUCGUGUCUCUCAAGGAGGCGCAGCGGAACGCAGCGAUCAAGUACCGGGGUCUCUGAGCCCGGGCUUGACGUCCGCGGGUCUGGUUGAUGGAGCGUCGUAUGCCGUGGUACCGCCGACUCACAGGCGGGCGGGUGCGACGUUCAAUUGGCGUUGGGGAAUGUGUUCCAGCGGUGGCGCAGUUGACGACGCCAGCAGUCCAGCAGAGGGGCUUCAGGGCUGUCGCGCGCGGGCGCGCGUUGUCCUGGUGUUUCAAGUCUGGCUGCUGGUCGAGACUGAAAGCGGCCGUUGGCAAUUGGACUGUGCGAUCUACGGGGGUGGUGGUCGCCAGUCAGAAAAGCCAGGAUUGGGUGUUGGACUGGGGUGUGGAAGCGAACCGUCGAGAUAAUCCUAGGCCUCGAGGGGUCGCAGAAGCCUCCGAGAAAGCACUUCGUCCUGGCAUUUGGGUGCGCGGAGACAUCAUGGUCUACCGCUGCGCUCUGGGAUUCGAGUUCGUGGUUCGGGUUCAGGUUUCUAAAAAAAGGGCAAAAGAGAAAAACAGUUCGAAGACUAAAGCACAAAAUAGUGUCCGCGUACCAUCUUCGUCUGCGUUGAUCUUUGCGUUUCAGUUCCAGGAUUCCUCUUCAACCUCAAGACUAGGGACGGUGUGCUGCUCAAGACCAGGACGAAGACCGGGACCGGGACCGGGACCAGGAGGGCGGCGGUCAAGUAUAGCCAACGGAUCUGGCGGAGUGUUGACUCGGGAGUCAUGCCCCGAGUUACCUCCUGCCUACAUCCCGCGGAUUUCUUUUGAAUCUCAUCCGUAACGUACCUCUUCACAGGGCUUCGACUAACAUCGAGUUCUUCGAAAGACGAGUCCGUUUCGUUCUCAUUAUUUGUUGUUCACUCACUGACCCCUUUGCUCUCUUUCAUUUCAGGUCGUGCAUGGCGAGGGGUAGCUUGAGGCCGGUCGACGGUGGAUGCGGGGGAGGAUGGGUCGG